CGCUUCAUCCAUCACUUCCUGCCCGGGGCUCCACGCGGAGCGCUCCGCCAUCCCCACGCUGCCCCGGGCACCUCUGGGACCGGGCUGGCAAUGGCCAGCCUGGCCGCCCAGGACUCCUACCUGCAGGGCUUGGCCAGGAGGGCCGGCGUGCAGCACGCCCCGGAGUCGCGGAAGAGGAAGUUUGUGUCUAAGCCAGGCCAGCCCGAGGAUUCUGGUAGACAGGUCAAAAAACAGAAGAAAAAGAAGCCCAAGAAGCAAACUGAGAAGAAGAAUGCUCCUUCAGCCAAGCAGGUGCUUUCUAACACCAGUAAACCCACUCCAGGACAGAAAGCAGCACCUCAAGCCAGCAAAUCAUCUCCGCAGGGUGGUGCACAGAACAGAAAGGAGAGUUUGCCUACUGGAAGUAAAAGUGAACUGAGUUCCCCUUCUGUUUCUGCAAUCAGUCUGUUGCGUCAGAGACUCCACGAGAAGAUUAAAAAGGCUUCUGGACAGGAUAAUGCCAAGGAGUUAACCCCUGCAGUCCUGGAGAAGAGGCAGCGAAGAAAGUAUGAGAGAGAGAGAAAGAAACGCCGGCGAAAGGAGUUGAAGAUGAAAGCAAAAAUGGAGAAGAAAGAGACUGAGGAGGCACCAGCAGAGCCAGAAAACAAAAAGGAGGAGAGCAAAGCUGAGAUUGUCUUCAACAGGGUUGAAGUUCAUGAAGAGAAUGACUUAAACAAGGUCCAGAAAAAGAAAGAGAAGAGGAAAGCAGUGAAAGGCAAUAUCACUCCUCUGACAGGCAAGAACUACAAGCAGCUGCUGAGCAGGCUGGAGAUCAGGAAGAAUAAACUGGAGGAGCUGAAGGAGAAGGACGAGAAGAAAGCUCAGGAGCUGGAGACCAAGAUAAAAUGGACAAAUGCUCUCUAUAAGGCAGAAGGGGUGAAGAUCCGUGACGACGAGGAGCGUCUGAAGGAGGCCCUGAAGCGCAAGGAGAAGCGGAAAGCCCAGCGCAAGAGGCAGUGGGAGGAACGGACUGUGAGGGUGGUGGAAAAGAUGCAGCAGAGGCAGGACAAGCGCAAGAAGAACAUCCAGAAGAAGAAGAAGGAGAGGAUAGAGAAGAAGAAAGCCAGGGCCCGGAAGAAGGGCCGAGUUCUGCCAGAGGACUUGAAAAAAGCUGGGUUAAAGUGAGAGGGAGGCAGCUCCUGGCAUUGGGGUUCCAGGGUGGGGUGUCUGUCUGUCACACGGGGCUGUGUCACUGUCCCAGGCUGUGGGGCAGGCACUGCCACAGCUUCCCAGCCUCAUCAUGCUAAAAAAAACAGUUGUAUGUUUGUUAAUAAAGUUUUCUAUACUAAAGAAA